UCACUGAGAUUAAUCAGACGCCUCAGCACUACUGAGCAUGGACACUUAACAGAUAGAGUGGUUUAGGAUAAUCCUCGCGCAUAUCAUCAACACUCAGUAACGCGCAUACGUCAUCUCUCUCUUGUCUUGCAGAUUGCAGACUCAUGGACUGAACCAGCAGCAGCAGCACUGACAGCAGCGUCGCAUCCCACUGAAGUAUUAACCAGAGCGACAAAACUGCUGCCUUGACCACUAGACACACGUCCAGCCUAAAACAGGCACUGCUAUGUUGAAACGCAUUAGAUAUGACUGAUGUCGAGGUGACGUAUGAAGACUUCAUGGCCUCUGGAAGGACCGGCCGACGCAAUGCUGUACACGACAUCCUGGGAACCUCCGGUGGCCUGGACGCUAGCGGACUCUCCCAAACUCUGUCUGAGCACAAUAUUAGCAAAGCAGAGGUAGGGAAUGAUGAAGAGAAAAACCAAAGCUUGGCAGACUCCGAUUCCAAGCAGGAAGAAGGCAAAGGGGAAGGUACAUAACAGACUUCAGUGACAGAAUCAGGAAGUACCCCCUCUAGUGGCUGAUUUUAGAACUGAGCACGGAGGGGUUGACACUGAAAGUAGCAGAGCAUCCCUCUCCGUUAAGGAUCCGGAUGGAGGACACUUUGCUUUGAAGAAACUACUGUGAAAGGCUGGGCCUUAAGAAUCACAGCUACUUUAGCUGAUGUAGGUAUGAUUUCUACUUAAUAACUUUACUUUAGUUGUUUGGUGCUUAGAGUGGCUGGUGGGAAUUUGGGUCAGAAGUAAUGGCAUUAGAUUGGCGAAGACACUCUUGGGAGAUCACAUGGAUCACCGCAUCGGAUUCACCUAUUAACUGCCAGAGUAGCGCAGCUAAUACGCACUUAAUGUUCAGUCAUUUUAUAGGUGUAGUGUUGUAAUAGCAAUAUCAGAUUUUGAUAUUAAAUUGUGCUGUCUUUUGAUAUCAUGUUGAUAUUCACAUAAUAUAAGUGCUGCACUUUUGUUAAACACUUGUUAAACUGUCUAUGAUGGUCUUGCAUGGCACUGCUCCUGAUAGAAUACCUGUGUGUAACUGUUCACAUCCUGCAAAGGACUAAUCAUGUGUGUUCCGAACAUUUGCAGCGUGUGGUGUUUUAUGAUGAAAAUUCUUCUUGUAUUAUGAAAUCGAGUGUGAUUUAAAGUCUGACUGACACUGCCUGACUGACAUUAACCCUUUUGAAAAUGUGUUCAAUACAGCUUGCCGUAUCAAACCUCUGCCCAUUUUUUGUCUUCCAGUCACUAGAUCUACGUCCUCAAUUUUGCAUAAAUAUAUUUGAUGAUAUUUUCAUCUAUAGGUAUGUAAAUAUUUGAAUAAAUUCAAGCAAUCUUUGGGAAAAA